AUAGGGGGGGUUGCUGUUGUUUGUAAAGCACACAAUUUGAAUUCACUAGGCCAAAUGUAAUACUUAAUAUAUUUUUAAAGAAAAAUAAUUACUUUAGAUAUACAUUUCAGACCUUUUGAACGUAAACAUAAGGAUUUUUCAAUGUGCUAAAACAGAUCCGCUGAACAGUCACCCUCCCCGUUUUGAAUAGACGAAGACAAAGGCUACCGGAAACUGGACGCCAUAGUUUUCGUCAAAUGGCUGGCUGAUUUGUAUUCACGCGAAAUCGUUUGUUUUCUCCAACCGUUUAUGUUCAGUUUUUCCAAAAGUCAUUCCUGCGCGCUUUUUCAUGGAUCUAAAUUUAUGUUUACUAAACAUGCGCCGCGAUUUAGAAACAGUCACAACGGAGACCUGGCGGUGCAAACACAGCGACGUGAGCUGGUUAUUCCAAGCGAACGAAUCCCAGACCGAGUUCUAAAUGCAACAAAGCGCGUUCGGUUUUUAUUUUCGUUGUUCGUUUACUUCCAUUUCUCACGGCAUUUCUUUUACAUGCGGUCCCCGCCGGCAGAAGACCAGACCAGACUAAUAACUUCGCUAAGCUAACGAGCCGCUCUCAGAAAUGGAGAUCCACGUCUCGAGCCUCUUCCCGGAGAUCUUAGCGAUGAUUUUCAACUACCUGGACGUCAAAGGCAAAGGCAGAGUUGCGCAAGUAUGCACGGCGUGGAGAGACGCAUCAUACCACAAAUCCGUCUGGAGAGGAGUAGAAGCCAAACUCCACCUGAGGAGAGCAAACCCGUCUCUGUUCCCCAGCCUCCAAACCAGAGGCAUCAAGAAAGUCCAGAUCCUCAGCCUGAGGCGCAGCCUGAGCUAUGUGAUCCAGGGCAUGCCCAACAUCGAGAGCCUUAACUUGAGCGGAUGCUACAACCUAACGGAUAACGGCCUGGGACAUGCAUUCGUGCAGGACAUCCCGUCCCUGAGGAUGCUCAACCUGAGCCUGUGCAAACAGAUCACCGAUUCCAGUUUGGGCAGGAUCGCGCAGUAUCUCAAGAACCUGGAGCUGCUGGAUCUGGGCGGGUGUAGUAAUAUCACCAACACGGGGUUGUUGCUUAUCGCCUGGGGGCUUCAUAAUCUCAAAAGCCUGAAUCUGAGAAGCUGCAGACACGUCUCGGAUGUAGGCAUCGGACAUUUGUCCGGCAUGACGCGCAGCGCCGCGGAGGGCUGCUUGAGUCUGGAGCACCUCACUUUGCAGGACUGUCAGAAACUGACCGAUCUGUCGCUCAAGCACAUUUCGAAGGGCCUCAACAAUCUGAAAGUCCUAAACCUGAGCUUUUGCGGUGGCAUAUCCGACGCUGGCAUGAUCCACCUGUCGCACAUGACCCACCUCUGGACUCUGAACCUGCGCUCGUGCGAUAACAUCAGCGACACGGGACUCAUGCAUCUCUCCAUGGGCGCACUGAGGCUUUGCGGGCUGGAUGUGUCGUUCUGCGACAAAGUGGGCGACCAGAGCCUGGCUUACAUCGCGCAGGGCUUGUACCAGCUCAAGUCCCUGUCGCUGUGCUCGUGCCACAUCAGCGAUGACGGGAUCAACCGGAUGGUCCGGCAGAUGCACGAGCUCAAGACGCUGAACAUCGGCCAGUGCGUGCGGAUCACGGACAAGGGCCUCGAGCUCAUAGCGGAUCACCUGACGCAGCUGACGGGGAUAGACCUGUACGGCUGUACCAAAAUAACCAAAAGAGGACUGGAGAGAAUCACGCAGCUGCCCUGCCUUAAGGUGCUGAACCUGGGACUUUGGCAAAUGACCGAGGUCAAGGGUUUAGGAGACGCGUCUGAGAUCCUGCCCUGCUACACCUCGUGACUACCUCAGCGAUGUCUUGGCUCUUCUAGAGACGUGUAGUAUUUUAUCAAGACGUCAUGUACUGUGUUACUAAGCCUGUUCGGGAAAGAGGCGUGAUGUAGUUCAAAUUGAAUCAGCAAUAAAACACUGAAACAGCCUUGUUAAUGCUAUAGUCUGACGGUCCCCUUUGAAUGCCUUUGUGUUUUUCUGUACUUUGUUUUAGAGCUUCAUAUUGAGGUAAAAUGUAUUUUAUUCUCAUUCCCACUGACAAACGCAGUUUGUCACUGCCUUUAAGUAUUUAUCCUGAAAAACCAGCAUUAUAAUGCAAACUGAAGAGGAAACAAAUAUUUACCAUGUGUGUGGACACAGACGGAAAACUUGCUUGUUGGGUUUAUGUGAUUCCUCGCUGGUAAAAUGGAACAUAUGCAAUUUAAACUUUGUUUAAAAAAAAAA